CCGUCUCGUUGUUGCGCAGCAUAGUGCGCAGCCCCUCCAGGCUCGCCACGGACGCCCUGGAACCCCUUCCCCCUGCUCCACCGAACAUGCUGGCAGCGGUGUUUGAAGGCAUGAUUGCUGCUGGAUGAGAGGGAGCUGAACGACAGAGAGAGCGCUUCUGACUGGAGAGUCAUGAUGGAUGUGAUGGAGACAGAAUUUAGGGAGGUGAUGGGUGGUCCUUGUCGACCUUAAAAGCAGGUGAGGCUGCAGGUGCCUUCACAGCUCACCUGUUCAACUUCUGGGUUUCAUCUCGCUGUUACAAACUUCGGAAUGUCUAAACCGAGAGAUUACAGCAGCCAGUCCUACUCCCCCGGCAUCAAGGGACCGGUGAAAAGCUCCUCGACCGACAAUAAGAUCGACCCGUCGGUCAAAUCCAGGGAGAAGGACGCCAUGGUUGGACUCAACGACAAGUUCAUCCAGUUGAUUGACAAGGUGAAAAACCUGGAGGAUGAGAACAAAAUGCUUGACAAGAAGCGAAACAUCCUCAAGGACCAGGGGGACUAUGAGGGCAAAGUUGACGACAUCGUCAAGCAGCUGCAGAACGAGAUGGAGCAGCAGAUCGAGAAGUUGCUCAACGACCAAGAAAAACUGCAGGCGGAGCUGCUCCAGAACCAGGAGGAGGUGGACCACAACAAGAAGAGGUAUGAGGAGGAGUUUGUGAAGAAAGCUGAACUGGAGAAUGAGUUUGUCAUCAAGAAAAAGGACGUAGAUGGCGGUCAAUUGGAGACAGUAGAUCUGGUUCUGGAGCUGGAGGACCUGAUGGGGAAACUGGACUUCCUCAGGGUUGGCUAUGACGAGGAGAUCAAGGAGCUGGAGUCACUCGUCCAAAACAAGACAGUGGUCCUCCAUGACGACAGCAAACGGUCUCUGGACAUGGACAAGAUCAUCGAGGGGGUCAAGAAUCAGUAUGCCAACAUGGCCGCCCACACCAGGGAGGAAGCCGAGCACUGGAACCAGAAAAAGAUGGAUGCCAUGGUCUUACCUGCAGGACAGCGUGAGAAGGAUGUGCGUGAUUUAAAGAGGGACAUCUCAGACCUGGUGCGCCACACCCAGAGAAUCAACGGUGACCUGGAGGCUCUCCAAAGGAAGGAAGAGUCCCUGAAGAAGGACAUCAUUGACAUGAGGACAGAAGGCGACAACAACCUGGAGAGGGCUCGGGAGGACAUCGCCCAGCUGGAGGAGGCCUUGAGGCGGACCAAGCAAGACUUGGCCGGACAGAUCCACCAACACCAAAAGCUGAUUAACCUGAAGCUGGCCCUGGACAUCGAGAUCGCCACCUACCGCAAGCUGCUGGAGGGCGAGGAGCAGAGAAUAUACCACCUCAUGCGCAAUGGAGAUGUUCACCUGCCACUGAAGCAACACCUGCUGGAGAAGCCACGAGCCCAAGAACCCGCCGUUGUCCCGGCUGGUACCCUGAUACCGGCAGUGUACCCGGCCUCCAAGAAACGCCUGCUGAUCCGGGUGGAGGUGGAGGAAGGCCGAGUCGUGUCUGAAAGCUCCCAUUACGCCGAAGAUUGACCGGCACUGUCCUCUCACUCCUCUGUGUCUGCAGCAUUACAGUAAAUCCGCAAAAAUGUGAAUUAAAUAAUGAAAUAAACUCUUCAGGAAUCAUCAUGAAAGUGGCUUUUAAAUGUAACAAUCCUCAUGCUAUCUCUGUGUGCUGUCUAACAAUAGCUUCUUGGCCAGUGGAAGGAUUUUUCGUAGAAGUUGGGAGACAUUUUGUUUAUGCCAAGCUGUGUUUUAAAAAGAAAUAUCUUUUCUUAUCUUUGUUUGCCUUUGCAAAUGUUCCUGGCACCAUCAGUGUGUUUCUUGCAGGUGAUCUCUCAUGCCUUUGUGUGCUGAAUACGAUUUUGUCUUUGUGGAAUGUGGAAAAUAAUAUCUAAUGGUGUAAAGGUUUCUCAAUGACGUCAACAAUAAAAUAAUUAUCUUGUGGCUUCGAGCAGGUUGGUUAAAGGGAGUGUUUCUGUUCUCACAAAGAUAAUGCUUCCUAGAAUUCAGGGGGGGUUCUGCAUGCUUGAAAUAUCUUUUCCUUCUGCUUUAUACCUCAAACAUGUCCAAAUGAUCACAAGGAAAUCAGAGGGCAUCCAAAGUUUACUCUUCGAUAUUUACAGUUGAAUACAAUUAAUAAAUAAAGCGUCAAGAGUACAGUCGCUUAAAGCCCGACAGUCUC